AUGAAGAAUUCCCUUCCGCGGUAUGAACAAUAUUCGAUAGCAUCUCAAGCCAGCGAAGAGUUGAUUAAUAUCUCAACACAGCUUUACCAUGUAAUAUUGCCAGAGAAGGAUAAGCCUAGCGGCCCACGAGAGACGUACUUUACCGGAGGCAGAAAAACUGCUUGUCAUGGUGUCAAGCCUACCAUCCAAGAGGGAGCACUUCAAAGGCCGUAAACUCCGGCACCGCAAGAGAAGCAGCGAGCCUCUCUCGCUGGACAUCUCAAAUAAAACCGUACGUUUUGAAUAUUGGAAUUUGUCGUGUUUUGC